UUUGAUGCCGUACUUCAGUGACAGAACGUGAACAGAGUGAACUUGUAGAGCUGAGGUUAAAGGAAAAUAAAAUCAGAUAUAAAACAAGCUGAAUAUCGCAGGAUCCUGAGAGCGGAUGUUACACUUAGACAUGUGCUCACUCUAUAAAAGGGUGUGUGCCGCGUGUUGGCGCUGUAGAGCUGCUUUCCCUCUCACACAGUCGCAGCGGUGUAAAGCUGCUGCAGCGUCGUUUGUCCAGCCUGAGGGUCCGAGAGCAUCUCCACACCGUAAACACCCCGGGCUGAGCAACCUGAAAACACUGCGACUUCCUGAGGAACUACAGAGUGGAGCGCUGUCUGUCAUCUACAAGUCGGAGGUGAAGGAUCUGUCAGAGAGAGCGCGCAGGCUGACCAACUUCCUGUGGAGCAGGAAGAGAGCGGCGGAGAGCCGCGAGCUGAGAGAGAGAGCCGCCGCUCUGGAGAGGAAGUGGAAGGAGGCGGAGGAGGAGCGAGUGAGCGAGGAAAACUAUGACUCUUCUGAAACACGUAUCAGGAGGAAAGUUUUAUCUGAGCUGAAGAGGACGACGUACCACUGGAAACCUCUAAAGUACGACGCCGACCUCGGGUUGGUGUACAUGGCCGCCAGAUUAGCAGGUGGCUACGCUGCAGUGAUGAGGGCUCUUAAUGAGAUAAAGAGGAGAGACUCGUCGUUCGCUCCGCGCUCGCUGCUGGACUUUGGCUCUGGACUCGGCUCGGCCCUGUGGGCUGCACACACACACUGGGGCGACUCCCUGAUGGAGUACGUGUGUGUCGACGCCUCCGCAGCCAUGAACAGUCUGGCAGAAAGACUUCUCACAGGAGACAGUGAAGGAGCCGAGCCUCUCAUCAAACACGUCUACUUCCGUCAGUUCCUUCCUGUUUCUCCAAAGGUUCAGUCUGAUUUGGUUGUUGCUGCUUUCUCUUUAUCGGAGUUACCGAAUCAGGAAGUGCGAGAGGAGACGCUGCUCACGCUCUGGAGGAAAACACACUCUUAUCUGGUUUUAGUGGAGAACGGGACAAAGGAAGGACACCAGCUCCUGAUGGACGCACGAGACAUCUUACUGAAGAGUGAAGAUAAGGUGUUGGGUGACGUUCGGAGGCCGGUGGUGUUCGCUCCGUGUACUCAUCAGCAGCCAUGUCCUAAAUUACUGAAGGAGCCAGUCACACCCUGUAACUUCCUGCAGCCGUACUACCCACUUCCUGUGUCCAGGACGGGCGAGCCUGUGCAGGAGAAGUUGAGUUUCCUGGUGGUGUCCCGGGCGGGGCUGCAGGUCCCCGAGGCGCUGCAGGGGGGCAGGGUGGUGUCUCCGGUGCGCAGGCGAGCGAGACAUGUGCAGUGUGAGGUCUGCUGCUCCGACGGGGGACUGCGUCAGCUCGCCAUCACCGCAAGGCAUCAUGGGAGAGACGUGUACCGCUGCGCGCGGAGCAGUGAUUGGGGCGACCGACUGCCGAGCAUACACAUGGAGGAGUGAAACACACACACACACACACACACACACAGUUCUGCUGAAAAACUCCUGAGACCCCCGGACAGUUCUCCUGGUUCCUGAUGGUUCCUGAUGGUCUGUAGUGGAAGUGACAGAAGGUUCUUACGGAAUACCUACAGAAGAAACCUGUGCCAUUACUUUUUCACACUGGGUCUCUGAAAAGCAUCCAUGUUUGUCAAUUACCCAGAAUGCUUUGCUGCACUGAACACACAAUAAAACCUGCAGUAUUUCCC